AUGGGGGUGUACUAGAGACAGGCUGGAUUCAGCUACAUCUGAUAUUCCCAUAUCUGUGCAAAGGCAGUGAGGGAUGCACUGAAGACGGAAUUCAAAGCAAAUGCCGAGAAGACUUCUGGCAGCAGCAUAAGAAUUGUGAAAGUGAAAAAGGAAUAA